AGAGCCACGAUGCUCAGGAAAGGCCCCCACAAGCCUUUAGCCAUCCUCAGGCAUAUGGGACUUCUCUACGCCACAGGGCCACAACAAUGGCGUUUCCAGCAUUCCUGUGCAGAGAAACACAGCAACUGUGCCCGGCACCCCCUCUGGACUGGCCCAGUGUCCUCACCGGGAGGCACCUGGCAGUCUCCCAUUAACAUCCAGUGGAGGGACAGUGUCUAUGACCCGCAGCUGGCACCACUCAGGGUGUCCUAUGAUGCUACAGCCUGCAGAUACCUCUGGAACACUGGUUACUUCUUCCAGGUGGAGUUUGACGAUUCCUGUGAGGAUUCAGGGAUCAGUGGUGGCCCUCUGGAAAACCACUACAGGCUGAAGCAGUUUCACUUCCACUGGGGAGCAACAAAUGAAUGGGGCUCCGAGCAUGUGGUGGAUGGCCAUGCAUACCCUGCUGAGCUCCAUCUGGUUCACUGGAAUUCCACAAAAUAUGAAAAUUACAAGAAAGCCUCCGUGGGGGAGAACGGGUUGGCGGUUAUCGGUGUGUUUCUGAAGCUCGGGGCCCAUCACGAGGCCCUGCAGAGGCUGGUGGACAUCUUGCCGGAAGUAAGACACAAGGAUACACGGGUGGCCAUGGGACCCUUUGACCCCUCUUGUCUGCUGCCUGCCUGCCGGGAUUACUGGACCUACCCUGGCUCUCUCACCACCCCACCACUGGCUGAGUCAGUCACCUGGAUAGUGCAGAAGAUGCCCAUUGAGGUGUCCCCAAGCCAGCUAUCCACAUUCCGCACACUCUUGUUCUCUGGGCGAGAUGAGGACGAGGAGGUGAUGGUGAACAACUACCGCCCGCUCCAGCCCCUCAGGGACCGCAAAGUUCGCUCGUCAUUCCAGGUCGAUAGGACGGGAAUGAGGUCUUAA